AUUACUGGGUCUCAUGUUUACGUGGAAAACAUGGCGGCGGACUACCAACAAGGAGACAGCUAGUUAAUACCAGUGGAAGUCUCUGGGAGCGAGCCACGAGUCAGAGAGAGAGAGGGACAUUUAGCUGUUAGCUUUUAAAUUUCUCUCGCGGAUACUUCGCAUGAGGCAGUUUCUCUGUUUGUUUAGCCACAGGGACUGCGGGGAUGGAAGACGAGGAGAGGCAAAAGAAGCUGGAGGCCGGCAAAGCAAAGUUGGCUGAGUACCGCCAGAGAAAAGCUCACGCCGACUCCCAGAAGAAACAGAAAAAGAAGAAGAAAAAGAAGCCAGGCGAGGACUCGGAGGGGGAUUCACAGGGAAGGGUUGAGGUCGAACUGAAUCAGUCUGUGGGAGGAGAGGAGGUCACAGGUGGAGGACAAGAUGGAUCACAAGAAAGAAAUAGAGACCCACACACCACGGAGUUUACCUUCACCAAGACGCUCAGGAGUGGAGAGACUGUCAGGCAUGACCAGACGUACAACAUAGAGCCAGAGAGUGAAGUUUCCACCACUGCAGAGGAUUAUUCCUCAGAGGUAAAUGGAUGCCUUGAUGAGAUCACAGAGCACCAAAUGAUGUCUUCAAAGGAUUUUAUCUGGGACGAGGUGGAGUCCCUGCAACAGGUGACAAAAGGUGGUACAAGGCAGGAUUUGGAGGAUGCACUAGAGGCCAAGACGCGGGCAGUGGAGGAGCUGAGUCGAGAGCUUGACGAAAUCAGGUCUGCGUUUGGUGCAGAAGGCAUGCAGCAGCUGCAGGAGUUUGAAGCAGCACUGAAGCAGCGAGAUGGCAUCAUCACCCAGCUCACAUCCAACCUGCAGCAGGCCCGUAAAGAGAAAGACGAGAUCAUGAAAGAGUUUUUGGAGCUGACUGAGCAAAGCCAAAAACUACAAAUUCAGUUCCAGCAGCUGCAGGCAGGUGAGACACUGAGGAAUACGAGCCACAGCAGCACCGCAGCUGAUCUUCUACAGGCCCGGCAGCAGCUUGUUCAGCACCAACAGCAGCUGGACGAGAUGAAUGCUGAGGUCAGAAAACUCCAGGAGAAGAUCAGUGAGAUGGAGUUGUCAGGGAGAAGAGCUGAAGAAUCAUUUAUCCAAAGGAUAAAUGAAAAGGAUUUGCUGAUUUCUCAACAAGAAAACGUUAUUUCGAGUCAGGAGCAGUCACUGACAGAGUUGAGAGCAGCAGAGGGGGCUUUUGCACAAACACUGAGGGAGAAAAAUCAAUUAAUUUCAGAGCAAACUGCAAUAAUCACAGAACAUGAGCGGUCACUGACUCUGCUCAGAGAUGAACUUGCUCAUGUGGGAAGGACUACAGAUGAGAAUAUUAUUCCGCAGUCAGAUGAGAAAGAUCUCAUUAUAGCAGAGAAGGAGAGAGUCAUUUCAGAACGUGACUGUUCCGUUACGCAGCUCGAAGAUGAGCUGGAGUCCUCCGAAAAACAUCUGCACGAGCUCCAACAGCGAAUGGCUACAAAGGAAUCUGAGCUGGAAAAAUGUCUGGAUGAGUUGGAAAGCACGAGGUCUGACUUGGAGAGUUAUAAAAAUGAAGUAGAGAGUUGUAAAUUACAACUGGAGACGGAGCAAAAGGAGUUAGAAAUUUGUAAGGGUGAACUUGCGACCUCCAGACAGAAAGAGCGAAUGUCAUCUAAUGAAAUCAUGCAGCUCAUGGGCACAGUCGAAGAUCUGCAGAAGCGUUGUCAUCGGGGCAGCAUGUCUGAGAGUGACACCGUUCAAAAAAUGCAGGAAGAGACCGAGAGGAAGCUGGAGCUUCUCAGAGCGGAGCUGGACGAGAUGUACGGCCAGCAAAUUGUCCAGAUGAAGCAGGAGCUUAAUUUGCAGCAUGUAGCGAGAGUGCAGCAAAUGACUGAGCAACAUCACGCAGAGCUUGAGCUUCUAAAAGCGCAACAACUGUCCCAAACUCCCACUGGCAGCGCUGCUGAGGUGGGUGCACUUAAUGCUAAGAUUAGGGAGCUCCAAGAAACUUUAGAGCAGUUUCAAUCUAUGCACGAAAAAGCCAGACAUGAGCUAAGCGAAGUAGCCAGACAGAAGGUCAGCCUGCAGGCCAGGGUGGAUGGUCUUCUUCAAGAGCUGCAUUUAGCUAACGACAAAGUGGAGCAGGUAUCCCACAGUCUUCUCUCUCAGGAAAGCCAACAAGUUGAGCUGCAGCAGCUCCAAGAGACCAUUGACAAUCUGAGGAGUGAGCUGUCUGCUGCUCAGGAAGCCGCACAAGAAGCUGAAACUAAACAUGAAUCUGAAAUAACCAAUUACAAGAUUAAGCUGGAGAUGAUGGAGAGGGAAAAGGAUGCUGUGCUGGACCGCAUGGCAGAGUCACAGGAAGCAGAGCUGGAACGACUGAGGACCCAGCUUCUGUUUAGUCAUGAAGAAGAGCUCACCAAUCUUAGGGAAGACUUGCAAAGAGAGAACUUCUUAAACACAGAAAACCUUCUCAAUGAAGCUGCUAUCAAACACGAGAAAGUGCUGGAUGAGCUGCGCACUGAUUAUGAAGAAGAAGUGCGAUUGUUACAAAGGGAGAAAGCAGAAUUUGCCACAGAGCGGGAUGAUCUUUUGCACCAGAUUCUCGGACUCAAAGAAGACCUGAAGAUGGCUUUGCACAGCUCUAAAACAGACGAGCUAGUCCAGCAGCUCCAAGAGCUCCAGGUCGAGCUUGAGGAACUCAGAAAGGGCAGAGAAGAACGAGCAAGAAUGGAAACUGAAAUUCAGACAAUACUAAAAAAGACGGACGUACUUGAAAACCAGGCAAAAGAGCGAGAACAGCACUGGGAGAACAAGCUUAAAGAGCAUGAACAGGAAAAGGAGACGCUGAUCCAAUCAAAUAACACUUUGAAAGAAGAGAUUAGCUCAAAAAUCACGAAAAUUGAGAGACUCACGGCAGAGAACAAUCAAAUCCAGCAACAAGUAGCUGAGCUUAGGGAAGAAGUAGAAAAGCAGAGGACUACUUUCUCUUUUGCUGAAAAGAAUUUCGAGGUCAAUUAUCAGGAGCUGAAGGAAGAGUACAAGUGUCUCAUUGAGGCAAAGACGCAGCUGGAAGAGAGGACACGGAAGGAGACGCUUGAAUUUGAGGCAAAAAUUGCCAGCCUUCAGUCACAGAUUCGAGAGCUGGAGGAGAGCAGCAACAUGGAGGACACAACUGAUAAAGCUGUGAUUGAAAAACACUCUACUGAACUAAUGGAGAAGCUUAAUGUUACUUUGAGUGAGAAGGAAAGCCUGACUGGAAGGCUUUCUGAAGUUACAGAGCAAUUAAUGUUUACAGAGAGCAAAGUGGGACAACUGGAAGAAGAGCUGAUGAAAGUGAGACGAGAAAACUCGGAGGUCAUUGCCCGAAAUGAAAUCCUAGAGAAGGAACUGGAAAAGAAGCAGGAGAUUACGACAGAGCAGAUAAGAGGGCAGGAUGCCCAGAGAAAAGCUAAGCUCCAGGAAGAUGAGGCAGCUCUUGAGCCAGUUUGUUCUUCGGUGGAUCAUCACAUUCAGAUUCAGUCUCUGCAGGAAGAGAUCAAGGCUCUUCAGUCCCUCUUACAGGCAGCUGAACACGAGCGAGACGCCAUUCGGCAGACUCUGGAGCUCCACAGGCUCUCACAGACUCCGUCCCCAGCAGCGGUGCAGUCCUCGGGGGAGGGACCUGUUGAAGGACGAUCCUCCCCGCAGAAAUCCUCAGGCUCAGGGUCAAGCAGGCGCAAGCGGCGGCAGAGGUCGAAGCAGGAGCGCAAAGUGGGCUCAGCUCUUUCAGAAAGCAGAGAAGAAAGACAAGAGGAGGAGAAAGAGGAGGCAGCGACUGAGGAAGAGAGAGCUAAAAGUGCUGCAGAGGAUGAGAUGCAGCCUCAGAUGGAGAGCCAGGUUGCGUCUCGUUCAGGAGAGGGGGCCGGUAAGGAGGACUCCACUGACGGAUACCAGGGAGACGGAGGCAGAGGCUACAUCAGCAGAGAGGUGAGCGGACAUGGGUUGACCGGCGGCUCGGAGCACGCUGUCGAGGGAGAGCCGACCGAACAUGGUGAGUGCAGGUUGCAAAUGGAGGCCCAGCGCAUUAGCCUAUCUCAGAUCCACGCCGCCCAGUUUGAGCUGCUGCAGGAGGAGACCGAUGCCCGCACACGCUCUCUGGAGCUGCAGCUGCAGGACCUGAAAGAUCGCGGUGCGCAGGAUGAACAAAAAAGCUUCAAAUACCAGGAUGUGAUGCAAGCUGUGUCUGAAGAAUGCACUGCGAUUAUUCUGUCUUUUCGAAAAAUCUUUGGUGAAAAGUUUUUGGUGAGCGUCGAUGCAGAGAGCAAGCCGCUCACUUCAGAGGAACGACCAGUAACUAGUGACUCCACCUCCAUUAUCCUGGAGGCCAGAGAGCUUUACAGAGAGCUUCAGCAGGUCAGAGAGAGGAUUGAGCAGGAACAUCGUCGACUCUCACAGCUCCAGGCUCUGCUGAGAGACGAUGGGAACAAGAUGAAUGAACUGCAGACGGCGUUCAAUGAGCUGAAGAACAACAGUGAGAAGGAGAUCUCUGCUCUCCGAGAACAGGUCACCUCUUUAAGCCCCUCAGCAAGCAAAGAUCUGGAGGAGCUGCCCGAUGCAUCUGCCUCCCUUACCAUGGAGUUGCAGAGGCUGAAGGCCGAGGCCAAGGAGAAGCAGCUGCGGCUGGAGGAGAGUCACAGGCAAGAGAUGGAGCGUCUCAGAGCUCACUACCAGCAGCAGGCCACAGAGACGGAGGAGCGAUACGCAACAGAGCUCUUCAUGCUGCAGCAGCGACUGCAGGAGGUCACCACCCAAUACAGUGUUCCAGAGUCCGGCUCUGAGAGGAUGGAGGAGCACAGAGAGGAACUAAAGGAGCUGAGUGGGGAGGAUUUGUCAGAGGAAGAUGUGGAGCUGUCCCGAUCUGUCAGGUCUGCAGGCCUGACAGCACAGCUGCAGGCACUGAGGAAAGCGCUCUAUCACAAGUACCUCCAAGAAGUCGCUGCUCUCAAAGAACAGCACAGCAAUGAGCUGAGGCAACUGAGAGAAGAAAGGGAACAGGAGGGGAGACCGGGAGAUAGAGGAGAGAGAGAGCAGGAUCUCAACGGGAUCAGCGGUGCUGGAAGCUCCACCGAGAGCCUCGGGGUAGCCGCGCAGGUCCCUGUGGAAGAGAAGCAACACCGGGAGAGAGUGGAGGAGGAAGUCGCCAGGGCUAUAGUUCAGAUGUCUGUGGAGUUUGCACAGCAGACUGAGCUGGCUCGAAUCAACAAGCGUGCCCGUCAGACAAGCUCCUCCAUGCAGACCCAGUCGGACGAGGCACUGGAGGACGGGGAGAAAGAGGAGCCGACUCCCAGAGAUUCCCUCACUGCAGGCGGCAGGCUGGAAGAAGUUGAGAGGGAGCUCGAAGAGAGGGACACUGAGAUUAGAAAGUUAAAGGAGGAGCUGCAGAAAUUUGCAAAAUCAGGACCUGAGCAGCCCUUAAAGAAGGAAGAUGGCGGUGAUGGAGAAGCCGAGGACGACGGCGAUCCAGGCGGGUCGGGAACAACGAAAGCUGAUGAACGCAAACGGUCUUCGCAGGACGACGAAGAUUCUUCUGAUAAAGAGGCUGAGAGAAACCUGUUGCGUAAAGCCAACAUGAAGCUCAGUCAGGUGCUGGUUGAAGUCUUAAAGACCACAGCAGCAGCAGAGGAAACGAUGGGCCUCCACAUGCAGAGUCUGCGUGAUGCUUCCGGUGCAGCACAACUUCCCCACUCCACCACACAGUCAGCCAAUACAGAGCCACUCCGACUUUAUAACACAGGUUAUACUUUAGGACGUUUACGGGCCGGUGAGACUGCUGCAGACAACGUGAGCAUGUGGUCCAGGGAGAUGAAGACUCCUGAGGGUCUGGAAGUGUCCCAGCAGAUGAUGGACCGUCUGCUGCUCGGGGCAGGACCUCAGCUUGAGAACGAGGAAUAUUUAAUGGGAAUCAGCAGCCGACUGCAGACGGCUCUGGAGAAAAUGUUGAUGGCCAUCACUGACACCACUAACCAGGUCGAACAUGCCCGGAUGACCCAGACUGAGCUGAUGCGGGAGUCCUUCCGCCACAACCAGGAGAUGAACGAGCUCCUCCAGAAGCAGGAGGAGCUGCAGGAGAGGUUGAUGGAGGAGGCUCGGGCACGGGAGCAGCUGGCUCUGGAACUUCACCGAGCGGAGGAUCUGAUUGAUGGAUACACGGGUGAAAGGGCAGCGCUGGAGGAGCAGUUGCGUCACAAGGAAGAGCUCCAACUGAGUCUCGAGCAAGAGCUGCAGGUCACUAGUACUCGACUUCAUGAGUUGGAGCAGGAGAAGUUUCAGAUGCAGGAAGAGCGCGAGCUGCUGUCACGGCAACAAGACGCAAUGAAGGAGGACGCCGGGCCGCGUGAGCUUCGCCUAGUUGAAGCUGCAAUGGUUGCAGCACCUGAAGCAGACCUGCUGGAGGAGACGGAGAAGCUGAUGAAAGAGAAGGUGGAGGUGCAGAGGCAGGCAGAGAAGGAGAACACUGACCUCCUGAAACAGGUGAAGCUGCUGGAGGUGGAGCUGGAGGAGCAGGUCAACAGGGUGAUGGAGCUGGAGAGCACUCGGACGACAGAGAGCGGGGACCUCCGACAGCAGAUCCAGGCCCUGGAGAAACAGCUGGAGAAGAACAGGAAGUUUCUGGAUGAGCAAGCUGUAGACCGAGAACAUGAGAGGGAUUUCUUCCAGCAGGAGAUCCAGAAACUGGAGCAGCAACUGAAGAACCCACAGAAGCUUCAGGCCAGCUCUGAGCAAAGAAACCAAGAGGUGGACCGGCUGACCUCCCAGCUGAAGGAGAAGGCGGAUUGGUGCAGUGAGCUGCUUCUCAGCUCAGAGCAGCUGCGUCGUGAGGUGGGAGAGCGCGACGAAGAGAUUGACAAGCUGGAGAGCCGCAUCCGUGAGCUGGAGCAGGCCCUGCUGGCCAGCGCUGAGUCUCUGGAGAAGGUUGAACAAAAGAAGCAGCAUGCAUCCAUCACAGAGACAAGACAGCCCACACUGGAAGCUCAGUUACAGACAGAGAGAGAAGCUCUGGAGCGGAAAGAGAAGGAGAUCCAUAACCUGGAGGAGCAGCUGGAGCAGUUCAGAGAGGAGCUGGAGAACAAGAGCGAGGAGGUGCAGCAGCUUCACAUGCAGCUGGAGAUCCAGAGGAAGGAGAUAAGCAGCCAGCAGCAGUACCUGGAAACGAGGGAAAGCAUGCUCCAGGUGAUGGAGGAGAAGGACAGUGAAAUAGCACUUCUUAAUGAACAGAUCACUAAGCUCCAACACAUGGAAACAACCUCUGACAACAAGGAAAUGGAUGAGAGGGAUGAGCUGAUAAAAGACUUGGAGUCUCAGGUGGAGUGCCUUCGGAGUGAACAAGAGCGUCUGAAGAGGAAGAACGAGGAGGAGCUCGACCAACUGAAUGAGGUCAUAGAAAAACUUCAGCAGGAACUGGCCAAUAUCGAGCAAAAGCAGCCUACAGAGGAAGAGGAGGACACCAAGGAAGAGUCAGAGGGUGACGCGUGCGGGCCGAGCAAAGACGAGUAUGAUGAAAUGAAGCAGAGAAUGGACCUGGCCACAAGAGAGCUCGAAACACUGAGAAAAGAGCACAGUAAGCUGCUGAAGACUUAUCUUCGCUUGAAAGAGAGCGCAGAAGCCUUGGCUGAAACGGAAAACCUGGAGAGCUCAGAGGGUGAGCUCGAGGAAGCUCUCAGGGAGAAAACUGCAGGGCUGGUUGUCUUACAGGCUCAAGUACAAGCUCUGGAGGAGAGUGCAUCAUCCAGAGUGGAAGAGCUGGGCGUUCGAAUUGAGGAGCUUGAAGGCUUGGUCAGUGAAAAAGACUCAGAGAUAAGCCACUGUCGCUUCCUUCUGGAGCAGUCUCAAAGUCAUGCAGAGGAUCUCCAGAAGAAGGUGUCGAACCUGGAGGAGCAUCUAAGGGAAAAAGUGGCUGCAGUGUUGGUGAGCCAAGCCACUCUGGAGGCCUUCCAGCAGCAGUCAGUGGAAACGAGACAGGAGCAGGACCCACAGAAACCUCCAGAGCCACAUGUUGAACCUCAAAGCUAUGAAUUUGGUGAUUUUGGCAUCCCCCAAAUGGAUGUCAGCAGAUUGGGUCAACAAACACAAGUGCCCACCGGGAAGGUAGUUCAUCUGACGCAGAAGCUUCGGGAGCUGGAGGUCGGACUAAGCGGGAUGCAGAAAGACCAGGAGCUGCAGAAGCAGCUGCUUUCCAGCUCUGAGGAGGAGGUGCUCGAGUAUGAAAGGAGGCUGACUGUGCUGGUAGAUCUGCUCAGUCAGAUGAAGGCAGGGACGCACCAGAGGACGUCGUUGGCUGUGGAGGCCUCCUCUCAUGACCAGCAGAGUGUGUCGCAGCUUCUUCAGGAGUUACAGGAGGUCAGAGAGGAGACUUCAGCCACCAAAGAGCAGAUGGAGAGCUACAAGGAGAGCUGCAGCAGACUUCAGGAGGAACUCCAUGAAAAAACUGUAACGAUAGAGAGGCUUCAGGAGCAGCUCCAAAAGACAUCAGUUGGUGAGAGCGAAGAGAUGAAGGUGUCGGAGCUUAAACAGCAACUAACCGAGGCUCAAAGUGAGGCAGCGAACACCAAAGAAGAGCUGAGCAGCUGCAAGGAGAGCUUGGAGAAACUGCAAGAGCUGCUGCAGGAGCGGGAAAUGACCAUUGCGCACCUCAAGGGAGAACUUUUCCAAGUAAAAGCAGAAGAAGACAGGGACAGUAUGUCAGAGCUCACCCAGGAGCUCGAGAAGGUCAAAAACGAUGCGGCUUCCACCAAAGAAGAACUAAAGAGUUACAUGGAGCGUAAUGAGAAACUUCAAGAGGAACUCCAAGUCAGUGAAGGUUCUGUUUCUAAACUUAAAGAGGAGCUGCAGGAGGUGAGAAAGGACAUGGAUACCACCAAGGAAGAACUCAACAGUUACAUGGAGCGUAAUGAGAAACUUCAAGAGGAACUUCAAGUGAGUGAAGGUUCCGUUUCUAAACUCAAGGAGGAGCUUCAGGAGGUGAGAAAGAGCAUGGAUACCACCAAGGAAGAACUCAACCGCUACAAGCAGCACAAUGAGAAACUUCAAGAGGAACUUCAAGUCAGUGAAGGUUCUGUUUCUAAAUUUAAAGAGGAGCUGCAGGAGGUGAGAAAGGACAUGGAUACCACCAAGGAAGAACUCAACAGUUACAUGGAGCGUAAUGAGAAACUUCAAGAGGAACUUCAAGUGAGUGAAGGUUCUGUUUCUAAACUCAAGGAGGAGCUUCAGGAGGUGAGAAAGAGCAUGGAUACCACCAAAGAAGAACUCAACAGUUACAAGCAGCACAAUGAGAACCUCCAUAAGGAACUUCACACCCGUGAAAUCUCCAUUUCUAAGCUCCAAGGGGAGCUCCAGGAGGUACAAACAGUCUUGAUGAAGACAGCAGAGUCUGGUCCUCCGUCCCCUUCUCCCUCUCCUUCUCCAUCUCCCUCUUCUUCUCCUCAGCCUGUUUCCUCUACCACCUCCUCCUCCUCCACCACACAGCCCAAAAGGAAAGGAAGCAAACAGCCAGCUGGUAAAGGAAGCAGCACCAAAGACAAACCAUCUCUCUCCAGAAAAAACUCCACCCCUUCCAGCCAAUCCUCCACCAAAUCUCCCAGCCCACUGUUGAGCAGCAACUCAGAGCAGCAACAUGCGACUGUAACAGACUCGUUCACGCAGACCGAACCUCUUCAGAUGUCUGAUCUUAGCCAGGAAAACAAAUCUGCCACCAAAGAGGAGAUGGAGGAAGUGAUCGGAGAAUACGAGGAGAAGAUCGUACAGAUGCAGGAGCUCCAUGCAGCAGAAAUCCUCGAUAUGGAGGCUCGGCAUAUUUCAGAGAGCGAGAACCUCCGCAGAGACACGCAGGCGCUGGAGGACGAAUGCAAAGCUCUGAAGGCCGUCAUAGAAAAACUGCGGUCUGCUGAGGCUCCUACAUCAAGACAAGACCGUCCUGCAUCUCAGUUCAAAGAUGGCUACACCAGCGACAGCAGCUCAGACUACAGCCAGAGGACAGGAUAUGACCUCCCGAGCCUGCAGCAGGAGUUCAGGACGACUCCAGAGGGAGCCAGGAGGGAUGAUCCACUGCCAGACCGGAUCAAGACGUUGCUCCGUGAAGUGCACCAAGAAGGCAUGCAGGUUCUUUCUCUGUCAGAGCUUCCACUUUCUGAAAGCGAGCCAGGCGGCCGGUUCAACGUCCAAGGCUGGAUGAAGGAGCGAGACGCCUUGCUGGAUACUAUAGAGUCCCUAAAAAACUUCAUCAGCCAGAUGCAGACACACAGAGAAUCACAGAUGUCCGGCAGUGUAGACUGGCGUGGAGAGCUCCUGGAUGCAGUUCGGCAGGUGUUUAUGAAGGAGCGCAGCGUGCUGAAGAAUGCCCUCUACAGCCAGCUGGACCUGCUGGACACCAGUGACGCCAUCAUUCACCUGAAUCAGCUAGAGCGGAGACUGGCUGAGCAGGACGCCCAGCACAGAGAGGCGAUGGGUUCACUCCGCACUGCAGAAAGGUCCAGUCUCAUCUCUGAGAUUCAUCAGCUCCGUGGCCAACUAGAGCAACUCCACCAAGGUGCCCGGUCUGCUGUCUCAUUGGCUGGUGAAGGUAGCAUAAAGGAGCAGAGGGAGGGAGUCGGAGCUGAUGGAGCCGGGGGGGCUGACAGGCUGCUGGUGGAGGAGCUAAAGGGUGAACUGUCUCAGACUAAACUGGAGCUGGAGACAACCCUCAAAGCUCAACACAAACACCUCAAAGAGCUGGACACACUCAGGGCGGAGGUAUCCCAGAAAGCCGCAGAGGUGGAUGCACUAAAUGAUGAGCUGACAGAGGAGAGGAAGAGGAGCAGAGAUCUUCAGUGGGCCAUGGAGAAGGAGAAGUGUCGAACUGGGAGGACCGAGGAGAGCAGACGAGAAAAGCUGGAGGAUCUUCAGCUUUCUCUGGAGGAGCAGAAGAACCACGUAGCACAGCUGAAACUGACUGUGGAGCAGGAGCGACAGGCCUCCUCUCAGCUCUCCCAUCAAGCUGAAGAGGAGCGUCUCAGCCUCCACAGACGCCUGCAGGAGCUCCAGGUCCAGCUGGAAACGGAGCGAGCUAAGGCCCAAGAGAUGAGCACUGCUCUGGGGAGAGAGAGAGAUCUGCGGACUGGCGUCUCCUCUGAUGGUGGUCACCCCCAUGAGAAGCAGGUUCAGAAGGAUGGGAGGAGCUCUGAAGAGGGAGGGAGUCUUCUGGAAAGACUGCAAAGGGAGCUGGACGACAAGCACGCACAGGUGGUGGAUCUGCUCAGUCAGGUUGAGGCCCAGAAGCUUGAGGUGGUACGAAAAGAGGAGGAACUGACGCUGGUGAGUCAGAGAUCCAGAAGAGACCAAGAGGCACUGCUGGAGGCGCAGGCCAAGCUGGAGAGGGUGGAAGCAGAAAUGGCAAAGGUCCAGGAGCAGCUGAGAAGAGAGCUGGAGAACAGACAGAGUCUGGAAGAAGAGAAUGAGAAACUGGAGGGAAGACUGAACCAGUUAGGAGAGCAGAGGGAGGGCACGGGACCUGUGGAGGCUGAUAGCCGGAGUCAGGCUGUCUGGCACGGUGACUCCACGGACCGCACCAAAGACUGGGUGCUCCAGCAGAAGAGCGGAAACCUCCACACAGAAAGCUCCGGCGCGUCCCCUCACAUUGAGGUCUCUUCAACAGGCCACAGCAGUGGGCCGCAUCACGGCCCGUGGCGCACGGUGGACAGGAUUGUGAGCAAACUCCAAGUCAUCUCCUCAAAGGUCCGCAGCAUGGCGAGCAAAACCACCGACAGGCUUACUGCAGAGGUGGACAGUGAAGAGUUGUCCUGGGUCCAGUCCAGUCUUGAUGAGGUCAUCACCCUGCUGCAGCAGUCCCCUGGUCUACCCUCCGUCCCCGAGAGUGCGUCCCUGCUGGCAGGAGGCUCCUCCAGCUCCUCCAACACGCUGACUGAGCGCCUGCUGAGGCAGAACGCCGAGCUGACAGGUUUCGUCAGCCGUCUGACCGAAGAGAAGAACGAUCUGAGGAACCACACGCUCCGCUUGGAAGAAGAGCUGCGACGCUAUCGGCAGGUUGGACUGGGAUCAGGCGACAGUUCGAGCAGACGAGGAGCAUCAAAGAUGGACUCUGCAGGUUUGCUGCUUUCUCAGGAGCGGGAAGCUUGGGCUCGAGAGAAGAUCCGUCUGGAGAAAGCUUUGCAUUUAGCUCAGUCUCAGGUGGCUAGACUCAGGGGAGAGAUCAGGUCCGAGAACCUGCGAGAGAUUACCGGGCCUGAUGCCGACAAUGCUGCACUCAAGAGGAUGUAUGGGAAGUACCUGAGGUCAGAAAGCUUCCGUAAAGCACUGAUCUACCAGAAGAAGUACCUGCUGUUACUGCUGGGUGGUUUCCAGGAGUGUGAGGAGGCCACGUUAUCACUCCUGACCAGGAUGGGCGGUCGGCCGUCGCUCUCCAGCCUGGAGUCCCUCAGUCAGCGGUGCAGGGGUGUGAUGCGCUUCCGCUCUAUCGCCAGAGUCUCUAUCGCCCUCUCCAGAAUGCGUUUUCUCGUGAAGCGAUGGCACAGGGCGACGGGAAUGAGCUCCACGGCCUCCUGCGCUGUUAGUAAGAACGGAACAGGACAGAUCUUAGGUACAGAGGCGAGGGAUUCCCCUUAUCUUCACCCAGGUGGUCCGGAGAUGUACAGAGAAAGAGGAAGCGGCGGAGGAGGAAUGUCUAGCAGCAGAGGGAGAAGUGGGCGGGAAUCCCCUCGAUCGGCUGUCUCCUCCACACAUCACAGGUUUCACAUGUCUGGAGACCACGGACCGCUCACCUGUUCCCACUUGCAGAACUACGACCCCGACCGAGCGCUCACAGACUACAUCUCCAGGCUGGAGGCCCUGCAGAGGAGGCUGGGCAGCGUGACAUCAGGUGCUUCUUCAUAUGCUCAAUUGCACUUUGGCUUGAGAAGAUAGAUGCUGACACGUCAACUUUGGCUUGAAGAAACUCAGUUGCCUUUUUCUCGUGCUGAGCGCUCUGCUGUUUUCUACCAUUCUGGUGUGGACUGUAUCUUUCCAUGUGGACCAAAACACAUUUUUUAUCAGUGUACGACAUGUUGUAUUCAGGCUUUUUGUUGGUCGCCGGCACUUGGAAAAACAGCUACGUUUGUAAUUUAAUCUGCCUCUUUGUUGUGGAUGACCUACAAUCAUGUAUAAUUUGUCUAAUGCUAAUUUAAGACUUUGUGAUUAAUUUAUAUGUUUGUGUUGUAUGGGUGGAGCGUUAUGUAGAGGAUGUUUGGGUUUACUGUUAAGGAGGCUGCUGCUGGAUAUUCUACACUACACUGUGUUUUGUUUAGGCCGGACAGACUACAGAGGACAUUUGUAGAGAACGUAUUUUUGUAAAGCGCUAGGAGCUUUGAAUUUUCUGGGUAUUUUGUCAAAAACUGAAAUAAAGAGGACUACGUUAUUUCAAA